AGAUUAGCACUCAGUGCAUUUACGGAUCUCUAACUACAAUGUUCAAGCUCAGCGUUAUUUUCAUUCUUGUUUUUGGUUCAGCGAUCGCUUUUGCGCCUAUCGAUGUUGAAAGAAAUGCGGACGCAUUAUGCAUUAGAGGCGAUUCCAAACCGGGAUAUUGUGUACUCCUAAGACAAUGUUCGUUCAUUAAAAAUAUUCUUUCGGAAAUACGUCCUGGAAUUCCACCCACACCCACUAACAAAUUGUAUAUCCAAAAAUCAAAAUGUGGAUCAAGGCCAAAAAAUACGAGACAUGUGUGCUGUGAAGAAAAUGAAAAGAUUGACCAGGCAAUUCACGAUCUGUCAACAGAAGAUUGCGGAAGAUUUGAAACGGAUAAGAUAAUUGGUGGUAAAGAAAUUCAAUUAAUGUCCAGGCCCUGGAUGGCGCUUCUCAAUUUUAGAAACACAGAUGGAAAAAAUGCUUUCACAUGUGGCGGUACGCUGAUAAACAAACGUUACGUACUAACAGCUGCUCAUUGCUUCACAAAUCAAAAACUACUAUAUGUGCGUCUGGGAGAACACAACAUAAGCCAGCAAAUAGAUUGCAAAGGGAAUCGUUGUGCGCCAUCAGUUGAAGAUAUGGGCAUUGAACGCAUUUUUGUGCAUGAAAAGUACUCACAUGAAACUGGUCAUAAUGAUAUUGCUCUAGUGAAACUCUCCAAAGACGUAGAAUUCCGAGAAAGCAUUAUGCCCAUUUGCCUGCCAACGUCCGAGAUUCUUCAAAACAAAGUCAAGACUACGCAAAGAUUCCGUGUUACUGGGUGGGGUAAAACCGAAAACACUGAUUUCUCUGAUGUUCCAAUGGAAACCGGUGUAAAUCGGGUAGACCACUCAAUAUGCCAGAAUUCAUAUCAUAGAGAAAUAUCUUCAACUCAAAUAUGCACGGGAAGCGUUGGAAAGGACUCCUGCAAUGGUGAUUCGGGUGGACCACUGUCAUAUGUGGCUUAUUUGAAUGAUUAUCAACGGUUUGUACAGUAUGGAGUUGUGAGUUUUGGAUCACAGACAUGCGGUGACGGUCAUCCGGGUGUCUACACAAACGUUGGAAGUUACAUUCGCUGGAUCGCCUACAAGAUUGCCACCAAAUAAAUUGUACAAUCUGAUUAAUAUUUUAAAUGCAAUAUUGCAAUUCAAUUCAAUGACAGUAAAUAUGUACAUUGAUUAAUAAUAACAAAUAAUAAUUGUUCA